AACUUACAUUCGGGUCUUUAUAUAUGCUUCAUUUCCUCGUGAUCAUCAGCACUAUCAGAAGAGAAACAACUGUGCUUCAGCUCUGAAAAUAAAAGCAUCUUCUUCCUCAUAAUUCAAGCCGUCACAAUGGCAUCAUUGAAGGGUCUCGUCGUCCUCUGCCUGCUUCAUCUGUGUGUUCAAAGCAUUCAAGGUGAUGUGAACCCUGCCGUCCUUGCUAGAAUGAUCCAGUAUUUUGACGACAAUGUCCAGCCAAAGACCAAGCCUGAUGUUCAGUAUGCAAUAGCGAUUACUGUCCCACAGGCUCAGUGUACAGAUGAACAAGCUGAUAUCCAGACUGUGUUCAGCAGGGAGGAUGCACAAAAUGUGAGAAAUAUUCUCAAUAAUGGAGAGAAAUGUGUGCUCUGUACUCCAUCACAAAAUGUCAUUGCUGCACGACCAACUCAAAAACCAAAGGAACACGCUGAGCAUUUUCUGCUGUAUCCUAUAGGUAAUUCUCCAAUGGACAAACUUCUAGCGCUGGCAGAUCAGAAUAGUUGUAUAGUUUUCUAUUCAUAUAACUCUCCUUGUGUGACGAGAUGCAUUCAGAGAGAAGACAACAUUUUGGAUGGUCUUGCAAACUGGAAGAAUAUCCGAAAAGAGGCAAUGAAUAUUUUUGUCUUUGAAAAGAUCUGGCAGAAGGACGAAUGGAGGAAGGAUAUGGAAAAAGAUCUCCUAAAGAUUCAUGCGCAAGUGCCUCUUUAUCGGUGUGACAUCAACAAUAAUGUGAUGGAAUGUCAGGAUUGUGUGGAGAAAAACACUGGAAAGGUGAUUCCUUUCUGUCUGCCUAAAAAGAAAUCACUACUUUUCUAUUUCCAGAAAACGCUUUUGUCAAUGAUCAAACUUGUGUGGCGUGUUAAUGAAUGAUUUGCACAUGAGAUCUUUCAUAAAGCUGUUUUUACCCAGCAAACAUUGGGCUAUGAAAGCAGAAUACUUACUCACCAAACACACACUUUUUUGAAUUAUUAUUCUUGAACACCUGUUCUGUGCCUAAUAAAAUAAUCAUGCAUGUGUCCUUUGUCAAUUGCCAAUUCAUUAUGUAGACCCUGCAAACAUUAAAUUCUGCUAAUGAAUUAUGCUUAUCUAGAUUAUUUGCAAUUGAGUGUUCUUGUUCACUAAAAAACAUUAGUGUAGGAUUAACUUUGAAACUAUUUUCACAAAUAAUUACAAAGAAAUGGCAAGUAACACUCAAUUAAGGCCCCUUCACACCAAGAAGGAUAACUAUAAAGAUAACUAUAACGAUAAAUAUAUUUGCGUCCACACGAAUGAUAAAGGUCUGUUUAUUCUAAACUCACGCGCUGCGGUUUCAAAGUGUGUACAUGUUUUUGCUGUUCUUGUUGCAUUUACACGGCUUUAACCAGCAGGUGUCCUCAGCAUGCUAUGUUUCGAGUGAAUAGCUAGUGUAAUUGAUCUAAUCUAACAGUGAAUUUAGCUGACAAAGUCAAUAUAGUGGAAAAAAAAAAUGACACAGUCUUUUUCACCGCAACUUCAAAGUUCAAAAUACUUGUUCAUUUAUCAAAACAAUGUAAUCAAAACAGUUUGAACCAUGUUCCCUUAUAAUCAAACUGACCCUUGUACACUGUUGACCCCUUAACCCACCCCUAAACCUACCCGUACCACCAAACCUGUCCCCAUCCUUACCCGUAUCACACCUCAAUAGCAGCAAGAGUGUUUUGCAGUAGAACAUGAACACAAUAAGUACAUUGUACCUAACCAUUUUUUGACGUAAGUACAUAAGACACCUAAUAUAAAGUGGGACUAGUCAUUCUUAUAUUGUUCAAUUUUCUGUUGCUACCAAACACCUUUUUGCAUUUGUACAUUUAUAAAUAAAAAAGUGCAUUAGAUAAUAUUGAAGUUUAAUGACAUUUUUAAGCAUUUUAAUUUACAUUGAAUAAUAAUCUGUUAAUCAACAUGUAAUGUUUAAUAAAUUCAUUAGCAUUAGUAAAUAUUAACAAGCAUAUUAUCUCAUAUUUCUGGCUAUGUGAAUAUAACUAAUGAUCUGAUCUGUUAAGCAUUAUAUAAUGUUUGUUAAUGAUGUAUUAAUUAAAGUUAUUACAAAGUGUUACCCUUGUGUUAUUAAUUGUUCUAUUUCUUAUUGGCCAUUUUGAGGAAGUCCAACAAAUACCAUACAUGGUGAGACACAAAGAUGCUCAGACAUUAUUAAAGGAGUCAGUGAUGCAACUGUGAAGCAUUUUAAUUGGUGUUUUCAUGGUGUUGAAGAAGAGGGCUGGUCGAGUGUCAGAAUAAAAACCAUCUACUUCCUCUUCCUCAUCACUCCUGCUUCACUGCAGACUCACACAGCAUCUCUGAACCUCUGACUUGAGCAACAGAUAAAAUGGUUUUCGCUGUACCACUGAGGAUCCUCCUUCUGAUCUGCCUGAUUCAUUUUUGUACUGCAGUAGAUGACCCAAAGAGUGUGAACCCAAAAACCCUCAUGAAUAUUGUAAAGAACUUUGUGAAUCAGUUGGGUGGUGGUCAAUUUGCUGUAGCCUUCAGAGUUAAUAAGGAGAAAUGUCUUGAUCCUACAUUUCAAGGUGUAACCUUAACUAAUGAAGUGAUAAAUAAAAUUAACAACAACCAGGUUUAUGAGAGCAAUAACCUCAUUGCUGCAAAGCCUAUACAAGAGCCUCAUCCAGAACAUUCAGAGUUUCGCCUGAUGAAAUAUUUGCAGAAAAUCUUGGGUAAAAGCGAUGACUGUGUAGUUUAUUUCACAGUAAAUUCACCCUGUUUGAAGACAUGCCUAGGACAAUACAGCAUUCUAGACAGUCUUCAACAGUUAGAAAAAUAUAAUGGAAUUAAAGCCUUUGCAUUCAAAGACAUCUGGCACUUUGAUAAAAGGAAUGAGGUGAUUGCAAAACUGAAGGAAAUGGCACCUGGUUUACCAUAUUAUCAGUGUGAGAGAAACAAAGCUAAAUGUGAUCGCCUGUAGGAAGAAGAGUAAUGCUAAUGCUUGACAGUUGCUUUCCUCAUACAGAGCGUUUUAUUUAGUGGAGGAACUUUUUGUUUCUUUUCAAUUGCAGUACAACAUUAAAACUGGCAAAUAAAAUAUAUAAUCUGUAAAAUGCAUACAAUCUGAAAUUGCUAUAAUCUGUAAAAUGCAUAAAAUCUGAAAUUGCAUGCUUGGAUAGAUGGCAAUUAUUGUUAGAGUAAACCAAUGACAGCAUGUCUGCUUACUGCUGGAGCAAAUAAAAAUACAUUUCAUUGAGCAUCA